AUUCUGGUUGAAGGGAGGGGCCCAAGCUUUUUGGAUGACGACGAAUGUUCUAGGUUAGGAUGGCUAAAUUAAUUCUGCUAGAAAAACCUAGAUAAAUAUAAACCUAGAUACCAAAAUUUUGGUGACAGUACUACAGCCAGUCUGCCCCUAAGGAAUCAUAUUCAUCCCUAAUCUCCAACUUGGAAGCCCUACCUUCUUUUUCUUCCAAACUUUGUGCUAUAAAUACCUUCCCAAUCCCUACCUUCUUUCUCAGCUUCAUUUAGUUUUCCAUCUCCUCUCCACUUUUUACAACCAUCAUGGAUAGUCGAGUUGAGACAUCAGAAACUCUGAGGAACAAGUGUGCAGCAUGCUUCAGACAAUUUAACAGACUGGAGCAUCUUGUGGAGCAUAUGAGGAUAUCAUAUCACUCAGUUCAUGAACCCACGUGCGGAAUCUGUAAGAAACAUUGCAGAUCUUUUGAGUCUCUCAGAGAACAUCUUAUAGGGCCAUUGCCAAAACAAGAAUGUAAGAACAUAUUCAGCAACAGAGGAUGCAAAUUUUGCUUGGCAAUCCUCGAUAGCCCUCACAGUCUCAGGAUUCACCAGCAUUCAUGCCAACUCUCCAGUGUUAAUAACGCACUAGGUGCUCGUUCUGGUAAGCUGGGAAUGCGUGACAAUUUAACCAUAGAUUAUGGAAGAACAAGAGGCUCCCCAGUGGUUGCAAUGGCAUGCAAGAUGGUUGGAGGUGGCAGUGAUGGGUCCCUAGAUCUCUGCGCAAGGGUUUGCCUAAUUGAUGAAUACGAAAAUGUUAUCUUCCAUAGUUAUGUCAAGCCAAUACUUCCAGUCACCAACUACAGGUACGAAACUACAGGCAUUCGUCCCGAAUACUUGAGGGACGCCAUGCCGCUUAAACAGGUUCAAAAGAAGAUUCAAGAUUUCCUCUGCAAUGGGGAACCAAUGUGGAAAAUUCGUCCUAGGUGUGGAAAGGCUAGGAUUCUUGUUGGCCAUGGUUUGGAUCAUGAUCUUGACCGUCUACAGAUAGAAUAUCCAGCAACAAUGUUGAGGGAUACUGCAAAAUAUCCUCCAUUGAUGAAAACAAGCAAGCUCAGCAACUCGCUCAAGUAUCUGACACAGGCAUAUCUGGGGUAUGACAUACAAAUUGGCAUUCAAGACCCCUACGAGGAUUGCGUAGCAACAAUGAGGCUCUACCAGAGAAUGAAAUCCCAGAAUCAUAAAGUAGAGGAUUUCCCACUUGCUUCUGAUGCACAAAACCGAAACAAUUUUGCAUCAUGGAGGCAAAGUGAGCUUGAGAGGAUGACCCCUGAACAAAUGUUGGAUAUCUCAAGGUCUGAUUUCUACUGUUGGUGUUUGGACUCCAGGGACUAUUAAAAGUAUCAAUACUAUAUGUGGAUCAACCUCUCUUUAUAUAUAUAGAUCAUGUAUUAUGAUUACUCUAUAAUAAAAUGGGAAUAUAUACAUAUAUAUAUAUUUAUUAUAUGUCAUUCCCCAGUAGACCCUAUAUAUAUAUAUAUAUAUGAUUACAAUGGAAAUUAAUGUACUAUUUGCAGGAUCAGUUUAUAUAUUUAUAAAUGAAUGAAAUAAUAGGGUUCUGAAUCAAUUCUAUGUCAU